CACUACAGGAAAAGUCAGAGGAUCACCAGAGUUUUUAGGAUUCAUCCUCUGGGUACCACUGAUAUCUGUAAUUAUUCGCAGUAUUUUGUGUGUGAUAAUUGUUUAGGUCAUUCGACUCUUUGGCACUUUAAGGUGUAUUGUUGUAUUUAACUGAUCCUUCAUUUUUAUGGUACUUGGUGUAUUUUGAUGUGUUAUUAGUGUGCUGUGUUGAAUAUCAUCCUGCCUGUCCUGUACUAUGAGUUCACCAAGACAAGUUCUUAACAAUCUUUGUUGUAGUGGCACUAAUGUUAACUCAACCAAACCAACCAUUUAAUGGCAAUCCAUCUAAUAGUAAAUAAUAAAAAGCUGUGGAGACAUUUCACAAAAAAACACUAAAUGUCAACUCUUAUGAUGGGAUCACCGAAAUCAUGAGAAUUGAUGUGAAGUCUGUACAAAAUUUUAUGGCAAUCCAUCAAAUAGUUCUUGAAAUAUUUCAAGAGCAUUUUCCCCACUAAGAUUUUCAAGGACUCAAACAGAUUUUCUUCCGCAAGCACAUUUUUUUAACCUUUAGACAAUGAUCCCCCCAUCAGUAUUCUUAAGUAAAUCUUUGAUUGAUUUGUUUUUUUCAAGAAGGAGUAUUGCAAUGUUUACGGACAUAUAUUGUACAGUAUCAACAGACAUGUACUUUGGUAUGAUGGAGUCAAUUAGCAAAUGAUUUAUUUUUCAAAUAAAAUAUGUUACUUGUCAGACUACUCUUACUCUAAAACGAUGAGUGAGCACUAACUGUCUGUUUGCAUUACCUUACAAAACAUUCACACAUUCUCUCAGCUGGCCACUAACCAACAGCAGUGUGGAAACGACUGGAGGCUCACUUUCAAACGAACAUCUUGUGUGCUUUGUGAUAUUUUCUGGAGCUUCACUCCAAAUUGGAAGUGUUGCAUCAUUUAUUUUGAAGAUGAAGUUUGAGAAUAUGCUGGCAGAGGUGGAUGGCUUUGGAAGAUUCCAAAUAAGGGCGAUCUUCUUGAUGGUAAUUCCCCGUGUGACUUUGCCUUUUCACUUUCUGCUGAAUAAUUUCAUAGCGGCUGUUCCCUCUCACCACUGCAACAUCAGCUCUCUGGAUGACGGAGGUGUUUUUAGGAAUUUAACCCAGGCGGAGAGGCUUGUUGUUAGCAUUCCACUCCAGGAGGAUGGGACUCCAAACUCCUGUCAGAUGUUUGCAGCGCCUCAGUAUCAUCUGCUGCUCAACUCCUCCAACAUUACUGACCUACCCACGGUGCCGUGUCAGACUGGAUGGGUUUACGAUAACACCACCUUCAAGUCUACUCUGGCCACAGAGUGGGAUCUGGUUUGUGAUAAGAGAAGAGUGAACAGAGCCACAGCCACUAUCUUCUUCAUGGGGGUCAUGCUUGGAGCAGCAGUAUUUGGCUAUCUUAGCGACAGGUUUGGCAGGAAAAGAAUGCUUCUGGUGUCCUACGUGACAACCACUUUCUUUGGAUUUGCAAGUGCUUUCUCUUCUAAUUUCUCCAUGUUUGCUGCCAUGAGGUUCUUUACUGGAUUUGGUAUUUCUGGAAUAAGUAUAAUCACCUUAGUCCUUUGUAUUGAAUGGGUGGACAUUAAGCAUCGCACUGCAGUUGGCGUUUUAUCGAGCAUGGACUGGAGUAUUUGUACUGCUCUGCUACCAGUUCUGGCCUAUUUUGUGAAUGACUGGAGGUACCUUACCGCUGCAGCAACCACCCCGCUGUUUCUGGCAAUGGUAACUUGGUGGUGGAUCCCUGAGUCUGCCAGAUGGCUGAUAAGUAAUGGAAAGGUCAACAGUGCUCAUUUUUACCUGAACAUGUGUGCAAAAGUCAACGGCAGAAAGAAGUUCAUGGCUGACCUAAAGCCUGAGAUCCUGUCCAAAGUAAUACUUGUAGAAGAUGAAAACAGAAAAUAUUCCUAUUUGGACCUUGUGAGGACCCCCAGAAUGAGGACACUGGCCCUGCUUACUGGCAUUGUGUGGUUUGGAGUGGCCUGUACGUAUUACGGAAUCAGCUUGAAUGUCACUGGAUUUGGUGUAAAUAUUUAUCUCACACAGUUCAUCUAUGGCGCAAUUGAAAUUCCAGCAAAAGCCUUCAUCUUUUUGACCUUACACAAAAUUGGCCGAAGGUUGAAUCAGGCUGGAACGCUCAUUCUGACUGGACUGUGUAUAUUCUGCAACAUGUUUAUCCCACAAGAUAAGGGGCUGUUCCGGACAGCUGUGGGAGCUUUGGGCAAGAUGUUCGCAGAGGGAGCUUUCACAACUGUAUUUCUGUAUACAACAGAGCUUUACCCCACAGUAAUGAGGCAAAAUGGAUUGGGUUACAGCUCCUUCAUGGCUCGUGUAGGCGUGUCUGUAUCCCCCCUGAUCAUGCUUCUUGAAGAAGUGUGGGGCCAUUUGCCAAGUACUGCUUUCUCCAUGGUGGCUUUUGCUGGAGGGCUGGCAGCUUGUUUUCUCCCUGAGACACAAAACGUCCGUCUACCAGAGACUAUUGAGGAUGUAGAACAGACAAGAAGAAGAUCAAUCUCCACAUCUGAAGAGAAAUCUCCACCAUAAUUGUUUUCUUAAUUGCAACCAAAAGACCCAUUAAGUUGAGUUGCAGGGAAUAUCAGUGGUGGUAAUAUGUUUUAACAAUAAAAGAAUAAACAAGCAAGUGUUUCUUAAAUAAACACAAGCUGUAUCAUUUUUUUCAGUAUAGUUUUUUAAUAAAUGUGAUCAAAUAUUUUACAGUA